AUGUCUGUCAUUGCGCUUGUUGGAGCUGGUGGCAACUUGGGGAGAUACGUCCUCUUUGGCCUGAAAAACUCACCUUACAAUUUUGAGAUACGUACGUUAUCUCGCAAGUCGACACCACCAAAAGGCAGUGACUCCAAGCACCACCUCCAAGUUGAUUUCAACAAUGAAGAGCAACUGAAAGAGACCCUGAGGGGAUGCGAAUUCCUGAUCAAUUGCAUGGGCACCUCUGGUGAUUACCACAGUUCAAAGAUGGCUCUCGUCCAUGCAGCCGCCGCUGUAGGGGUUUUUGGGUAUAUCACCAGUGACUUUGGGGUGGACUAUAAUACUCCUAGCGUCCACUUUGAUCACCCUGUCUGGCUGGAAAAGAAACAACACGUCGAGUAUGCGAAAAGCAUAGGCCUACGCACCCUAGCAAUCUGCCCCGGAUUGUUCCUGGAGGAACCGUUCGGUGCCUUCGGCCCCUGGCAUGGGUUUGAUCACAAUUCGAAAUCCUUCAUCGUGGCAGGGACUGGAAAGCAGCACAUUUCAGUGACUAGCAAGCUGGACAUCGGAGCUGCCGUCGCACGCGUGUGCCACCUCGUGCUCAGUACCGAGGCCAAGUCGAAUCACUCGCAGACUCAACCACUACUCAACAAGGAUUACAUCAGAAUCAGUGGUCACGCUGUCACACCUUAUCAAGUCGUUGACGUGGCGAAUGACAACAGCAAGAGUGAGGAUGGGAAAAGCGGCGACCAGGGGGAAAAUUGGAAAGUGCAGGCACUCACCAGCGAAGAACAGUGCCAAAGCUUCCAGUCCUCGAUGAUGGUCAUCGCCAUGAACGAGGAAGCGGAAUCAGUUCUGGAUCAAGACGGUGGGUUUGACCCCGAAAUGGCGAGUCAAAUUGCUGGGCGAGUCUUCCGCGCUGUGGGCGACGGCACGUUGCAUUUUGCUGAGAAUGACAACGAACUUCUCAACCCGGGCCAGCAGUACUGGAAAUGGACGCAACUGACCGACUUUGAGCAAGACACAAAGCCUAAAGCGUUGUGGUAA